AUGUUGGUGGCCUUCUUUUUGAUAUUGAUUGAAGUACAUUCAAAGUGUUCUGACAGAUCAAUAAGUACAUGUCUGCAGGACAAUAAUUGUUAAAUAGUGAAUUAUUUAUGUGAGUCUAAAUAAGUUAAUUGUUAUGAAUUAAGUGAGAAAAAUUGCUAUGAAUCCCAAUGUCAUUUCAAUGAAUAACUCUCAAUUUGUGAAGUAAUAUUAUGAAAUAUCAAAAUAGUCUUAAAAUGCGAAUUAGAACAUUUAACUCAGAAUUCUCAAUCACAAACACAAUGGAUGGAAAAAGAAUAAAUAUUGGAAAAGAUAAAAAUAGAAUGAGUAAAUUGAAGAAUCUAGCCAGAAUAGUAAUUCUGGAUCAAAAAAGAAUUCUGAUUAAACAUCGAGUAAUUUGAAUGAGAAUUCCGAUAUUCUUAACACCAAUUUGGAAGAAUAGAAGAUUGACUAUUCAAAAUAAGAUACUAUUAUUUUUGAAAUAUAAGAGUUGGAUUUUUAUCAAGAAGAUUUUUUGGAUCAGAAGGAUGGAUAAGAUCCUGGAUUUUUUACUAGUUCAUCUUAUACUGCAUUAAUAAUACCUAUUAUGAUGUUCUAAUUAUUUAUUUGA